CAACUGCCAGUGAGCCUACUUCUCUAAAGGAACAUGACUAACCGACCAGCAAUGCUUUCGCUCUUAGACACUGCCGCUCGGAUUCACUCGAAGCAACGACACCGAGAACGGCCCAGCGGCUGACGAGAGCAGUUUCACCGCACGCGGGAUUCUGGGUGCUGCCCUGCGGCGGCCCCAGCGCUCGCCCGAGUCGCUGGAUAUCGGGGCGCAGAAAAUGCACAUCAGCAAUGUCUCGAUCACAGGCGCAACGCGGAUCCGCCGCAGCGUGUUCAACGAGAUUGUCGCGCCAGCCUUUGCAGCCACAACCGUCAAGGGAGCCAUUGAAGAGCUGCGGUAUGCGGCCGGAAAGCUCGAGCUGCUGGGAAUCGCCAAGCGCGUGCAGAUAAACCUGGACAAGGCCGAUGACGACGGGGUCGGCGUCAGCUUUGACUGCGAGGACGGCGGGCGAUACGCAAUCACCACGGGCGUCGGCGCGUCUGACCACGAGGGCACGGCGAAUGUGAUGGCGCGGCUAAACAACAUGUGGGGCGGCGGUGAGUCGCUGGAGGCAAACUAUGCGCGCGGCACCAAGACGCUGGGGGCAUUCCAGGGCCUACUGAGUGUCCCGGUCAAUGCCGAUCCGCUGCGCAAGGUCGAGCUGAUGGUUCACCAGGCGACGCUGGACCACCGGCCGUACUCGAGCUGUGAUGAGGUAAGGCGCUCUGUCGGGCUGGCAUACAAAGUCAGCCGGGACCGCGCGCAGCACGAGCUUGUGUAUGUGGCAGCAUGGCGCGAGCUCGCUAACCUCGGGUUUGCCGCGUCGCCGUCGCUGCGCAGCGAGGCCGGCCACACGCUCAAAUCCAGCAUAGCUUACACGUUCACCAGCGACUCGCGCGACUCGCCUACCGUGCCCACCACAGGCAAUCUAGUGAAGACGUCGGUGGAGGUAGCGGGCCUGGGCGGCGAUGUGCAGUUUGCCAAGGCUCUCGCUGAGGUGCAAGCGAACCAGGGUCUGGCUGACCGCUGGUCGCUGACCACCAGCGCCCAGGCGGGGCUGCUCUGGGGCCUGGGCGGCAGCAGGACGCCCAUGGCUGACCGCUUCUUCCUCGGCGGGCCCACCAGCGUGCGCGGCUUCGAGCACCGCGGGAUCGGCCCGCGCGACCACAACGAUGCGCUGGGCGGUGACGUGUUCUACGCUGCCGGUGUCAGUCUGCUGACGCCUCUGCCGCUUGUUAGGACCGAUGCCCUGCGUGGCCACGUGUUUGCCAAUGCUGGGCAGUGUGCACUGCUGGACUCGCGCGGCCUGCAGACCAAGGCCCACGUCAGCCGGUUCCUGAUGUCACCGUCGACAUCCGUGGGCGUCGGGCUGGUGUACCGCCACAGCAUCGUCAGGGCCGAGUUGUCGCUGUGCUUCCCGCUGACAGCGUCUAUUACAGAUAGACCCGACCCGAAGCUGCAGUUUGGCCUUGGGUUCCAGUUCCUCUAGUGUAUUUGAGUGACCCUGUUUCAAAAAAAAGAUAUAUCCUGUUACUUGUGCUUGGCCUUGUAGGCGGCUGGCGUCUCAAACUUGCCCUUCAGGCCCCACACGCCGCGC